CUGCAUCUUUUUAGCAGCUCGGAAGGUGCGCCUCCCUUUUUGACAGGUAGAGGCGGCAUUGAGUUCGCGAGCGCAUCGCUUUGCUGUUGCAUGUGUGUGAGAUCAUUAUCAGAAACCGCUGCAGGACUAGUCAGAGACCGAGAUGGAGCGAGAAGCGCACAGUCACAGACAUAACUCUGAUUGAGCACAGCCAGAGGGGUGGAAAAUCACUGAAAAGCACCUUCUUCUGAUCAUACUCAGUCGCCUUUCACAUCUUGACAAACUAUCGUCACAACUCCGCCAGUGGGAUUCGGGAUUUAUUAAGGAUAUUCGUUUGUUUUCGAUGCAGCAAAACACAUCAGCUAGAUUGUUUUUUACUCCUGGUCUAGGAUUUGAGAGGGGAGCUAUGGAGGUUUCUCUGAUUGACCAGCCAAAUUAAGCACGGCAAGGGAUAUUUUUGCAACCGAUUCGCGGCUUUUAACCUUUGUGUUUUCAAAGGAAAGCUAGGAAAUCUGUCGACUUUGAACCAGGGAUCUGUCGUACACAUUAAUUUGUCUACAGAAACCUUUUUUAAUUUCUGCAUUUUCUUUAUUAACUAAGCUUUCAUCAGACGCCAUUUUCCUUUUUUCUUUUUCUUUUUUUUUUUUAAAGCGUGCUUCUGUUUGACAGAUCUUGUCGAAGAUGGCAUUGCAGCUGCUGCACGUUUAUGUAUAAUUUCUGUGGAUUUUAAGUAAAGGCUAACAAAUGUAAAAUAAAGAGAGAAGAUUGUCCGGGAGAGCGACCCAGCAUUGGAUAUGGGUUAUUACACUUUUGAAGUUUUGUCUACAUCUGGGAUUGCUGGUGCAGUAGAGUAUUGGGAUAUCUGAGCCUUUUCUCACUGGGAUUAUUGCACAGCCAUCUGAGAGACUCAAGAUUUCCUUAUCCCGAAGCGAGUGUCGGGAUCGUCGAUGGAGCAAAGAGAACUUAGUGGGCCUUCUCGACCAAAGGGAGGUGAGGCUGAAUUUCACCCAGGAGGUGGCCCCCCCAGUCCGGGCAGCAUCUUGGAUGGGACUGGGGUUCCCCUCCCUGUCCCUGGCAAAGGGGUCCCGGCGGGUGGAGAGAGAGUCGACCCUGACGAGGAGGAUGACUUGGGGCUGGGCAGGGAUGUGGACUCGAACUCGAACACAGACAGUGAGAAGUGGGCGCAGGGGGACGGGCUGGAGGAGCAGGAGUUCUCAAUCAAGGAGGCCAGCUUCUCUGAGGGGAGCCUCAAGCUCAAAAUCCAGACCACCAAGCGGGCCAAGAAGCCCCCCAAGAGCCUUGAGAAUUACAUCUGCCCCCCUGAGAUCCGGAUCACCACCAAACAGCCGGGGGAGCAGAAGGCCACCAAACUGGGGAAAAGUAGCAAGGGGGCCAAGGAGGAAGGGCUUCCCAAAAAGAAGAUCUACGAAAAACCGUACAAACCUCCUGAGCAGAAUGAAGGAGAAGUUCAGGGAGACUUCCUUGGGGAAACAAUGAAACCAAAGUACCAGUCCAAGAACACUCCACAUCAUCUGGAGUGGUCCACAACACCAGCAGGGGGAUCCAACUCCCAGGGUACUGUGACAGAAACGGAACCUACUGGAGAAACAACAGGAAUGAGUAAGAGCUCUGCUGCAGACACCGUGGCCAUGCUACCUAAACAACAGCUAAAUAAGUCCAGUGGGAGCCCUGCAGCUAGUCCAUUCCGCACUGGGACUUCCAGCACAAUAAUAUGGACACCAGGAAUGGGUUCUAUACCACAGGCUUCCAACCAGCCUGAAAGCACUGGGAUGAGUCUUUCCAUGCUGAAUCACAAGAGGGUGAUACAGGAGGUUGCUGAACAAAUGUUUGGAAACAUCAAGAGAAAGUAUGGCAGAAAGGACUCAAUGAGGGGCCUUGGAUCCCAGAACCUGGGGAGGCAGUGGAUUAAUGUGGCCACAAAGGAGUCUGAGGGUAAGAACCAAGAGAAUAUCACAGAGAAGUAUGUACAGCCUGAUAAAACAACCAGGGAGCUGCCGAGUGGAGCCAGUGCUUUCACUGGGAAUGGCAAGGAGAAGGAGGGAGAUAGUAUGCGGGGGUCCAUUUCUAUCCAGACACAGGCUUCCAUAGGGCAACCAGGACGGAAGAGGAGAUAUCGCCGAUCAUUUAAAGGUCAACUCCCUGUUCAGAAUUCAGCAGAAAAGACUCUGUCUCAGCUGGCUGAAAAAGAUGAAGGCAGCAAGAGUUUUUUAGACUCGUCUCCCACCUGCUUUAACAAGAAGGAAUUGAGAACAUCCAGAAUUGAGGAGAAAGAAGGACAGCCUGAAGCUGUUGAAAUGACUCAAGGUGAGCCCACUGAGAAUGGUAGAAGCAGACUUCGAAAACAAGGAGCUGUUGGGAGACCUAAACUGUUUUUGGAAGCUGGUAGGUCCAGGAGCAUGCAGGUUGAAAUCAAACGUCCAAAGCAAAAGGCCAAGCAGAGAUGGACAUCAAUCAAGUCGAAAAAUACCAGCCUCCAGACUACCAGCAGCAGUUUGACUACUGUUGUAGAACCACCAUCAGCUUUUCCCAUCACCCCCUCAAGCCCACUGUAUACCAACACAGACAGUCUGACAGUCAUCACUCCAGUCAAGAAGAAGAGGGGACGGCCCAAAAAGCAGCCCCUACUAACAGUUGAGACUAUACAUGAGGGCACCUCUACCAGUCCUAUAAGUCCUAUUGCACGGGAGCCACCAGGGGCUGUGAAGAAAAGGAGGAAGAAAAGGAGUUUGGCAAAGCUGGUACAGAUUGCUUCAGCAAAUGAGGCACCUGCGAACCAUAUGAAGCUAAAUAAAAAAGUGAGGAACUUGGGUGUCCUAGAUAAGAAAACCAUCAGGACAAUUAACAAGAUGAAAAUGGUCAAAAGAAAGAAUAUCCUAAAUGAGAUCCUGUCUUGUUCUACCACCAGCAGCAGCUUGGCUAUGAAGUCUAAGGUCCCCAUGUCAGGUGCAGUUUCCACUGUGGCAUCAACGAUUGAAGCUCGGCUAGGCAAGCAGAUUAAUGUGAGCAAGCGAGGGACCAUCUACAUCGGCAAAAAGAGGGGGAGAAAGCCCAGAGCCGAGGUGCAGCUCCAGCAAGAAGAGCACAAAGUCAGUGAAAAGCACCCUGUGCCUGUUUUAAGACACUAUGAGAACCCAGCAGUGCCUUCCAACCCACAGCCCACAGCUGGGAUGCCUUUACCUGGGUCAGCACAGCCACCUGCUGUCCAAGCUGUGGGGCCUGGUGGGAACCUAAGCCCUGCCAGCACUGAGACCAGUUUGCAGGAGCUUAAAACCAUGCCAAACCUGCAGCCCAUCAGUGCGUUACCCACCAAAGCUCCGAAGGGCUUGCAUGGCAGCAGCUGGAAGCUUUCUCCUCCAAGGCUUAUGGCCAACUCACCUUCCCAUCUCUCUGAAGUGGCUUCUCUAAAGGAGGUGACCCUGUCUCCCAUCAGCGAGUCCCACAGUGAGGAGACCAUUCCAAGUGACAGUGGGAUUGGCACGGACAACAAUAGCACAUCUGAUCAGGCUGAGAAAGGUCCAGCAUCCCGCAGGAGGUACUCCUUUGAUUUCUGCACCCUGGAUCCUUCAGAAGCUGCUGCUGCUGCACUACAGGCCAGCAACAAAGCCAAGCGAGGGCACUGCCCUAAGCACGCAACUGCGGUAGCAGUAGAGACCUACCUGUCCCACGAAAGUCUGAAAAAGCAGAAGCACCGGCGUAAACGGAAGGGUCUCCAGAGCCGAGACGACCUGCAGUUUCUGGCUGACCUGGAAGAACUUAUUGGAAAGUUCCAGGUCUUCCGUGUCUCCCACCGGAGCUACACCUUCUAUCAUGAAAACUCAUACCCUAGCAUCUUCCGGGUCAACUUCGACCACUACUACCCUGUGCCGUACUUCCCCUAUGACCCUCUGCACUACCUUCGCAGGAACUCCGAGGUAAAGUCCAAGAAGAGACGUGGCAGGCCAGCCAAAGCCAAUGAGCCGAUGACAAAGAUGCCUUUCCUCCAAGGGUUUGGGUACCCAAUUCCCAACGGCAAUUACUAUGCACCCUACGCAAUGCCUUAUACGUCGAUGCCUAUUGCAACCAAUAUGAUGAACCUGGGCUACUAUGGUCAGUAUCCAACUCCUUUAUACCUGCCUCACACCCUUGGUGCAGCAACUUCCCCAUUCAUGAGACCAACAGUCCCUCCUCCCCAGUUCCAUUCUGGUGCUCAUGUGAAGUCAACUGCCGCUGCCAAACACAAGACCAAACACGGUGUCCACCAGGGGCCCUCUGCUGGCAUAGGUGAUGCCCAGUCCACCCUUGGGGCUCCUAAGGUUGGGGGCAGCUGCCUGCCUAGUGGCCGCCUCCACAAGCGCAAACAUAAGCACAAACACAAACACAAGGAAGACCAGCUCUCUGGCUCGCAGAGGGAAGAUCUUGGGGGACUCUUCAGUGGAGCCAAGAACCCCAGCUACUUGAACCUGUUGAGCGAGAGACUAGGAAUGUCUGACAAAGAACCCUCCUUGCCCAAACAUAAGGAGAAGCAGCGACACCAGCAAAACACAGAUGCGCUGCCAAGGAGUUCCAGAAACAUAUUUGAAGUAGACACCCUCUCCAUGCUGUCCCUCUCCGAGUCCCAGCAAUGGAAGCGUUCUCGAGACCGAGCCGAACCAGCUGGAGACUUCUACGAUCCCAUCAGCCGGCGGCACUCUGAAAGCACCAGGAGCAGACAGGAGUCUGAUUUGUUCGGGGACGUUCAAGCUUCCAGGGAUAGUGAAUCUGGCCUUGGGGGCAGGAGACGGAGCCUGGAAAGCUUUGGGGUGUAUCGGGAGCAAAACAUGGGCCCAUUUAAGAGUAGCCAGAGUGAGAAGAUGUACAGUUCCCCAUCAGCAGCAUCAACAAAGCCUAGUCCGCCACUGAAGCAGAGGUUCAAGAGGAAAGAGAUUGAGGAGAUGAAGUGUGAGGUGCGUCAAAUGUGCACAUUCUCCAAAAUCCUUUCCACCAAGAAGAACCUGGACCACGUCAACAAAAUCUUGAAAGCCAAGAGGCUUCAGCGACAGGCGAAGACGGGCAACAACAUUGUGAAGAGGAGGAGGAGGGGCAGGCCCAGAAAGCAGUCCUUACUUUCGGAGGAGGAAGCAAUGGGUCAGAUGCCCGUGCUGGAGAAAUGUGUCGACCUGCCUGGGAAAAGAAGUUCCCGUGCCCACUUGGUGCCCGAGCCUCUGGAGUUUGCCAACCAAGACUCCAUCAUGGACGCCAUUGAGGCCGUCGUCCACAUGGCGAGGGAGCAGCCCAAGGAGCCAUCAGGAAGGGGGCGCAAACGUCGGCACAAGGAGCAGGAGGAAUUGAGGUUGAAGAGACCACGGAAAUGUUGAGGGAAUAAGAAAGAAGAAACCCCCGUAACUGGGAGAAAGUAUGGCAGCUCCGGUCUUACACCGGCCGGCUAUCCAACAUUGCACUCUGCCCAUUGAAUUCUUCUUGCACUUUAGCCAUUUUUGAUAAUUGUACGGGCAUUCUCUGAGGACACCAAUGGAGAACUUGGUCCCUUCGACAAGAAUUUACCUUAAAAAUAAAUUAUACAUGUUUGUUGCACCUUCAGUAGUAGUGCAACGUUUGUUGACCAUCUUAAGACAAACCGUCAUGAUGGAACAAACUUCUGCAAAUGGCUAGUGUCCCUACUCCAGAACUCUCCUUCAUCGUCCACCAAUGGCUAUGCCAUACGUAACCAGCAAGUAUCUGAACAAUGAUCAUUAGUUUACACUGCAUAGCUUCAGUGAUAUUGCCUUGCAUUUCUCCCUUCGUCACAGCACAGUGCAUUCAGUGAAUGUCUAUUCACCAACCACCCUCUUCUUGGUUCAUAAAGUCUUUUGUAGUAUAAAGGAAUUGCUGGAGAACGAGGUCACUUUGGCAUCAUAGGAACCAAUAUACGAACAUUUUCUUCUGACGGUACAUGCCUGUUUUUGUAUAAUGGGUUUCAGAAAGUAUGUUUAAUUUAAUGGCUUAAAAGAAGAAUAAGGAAGAGUGCUUGUACCCUGGAACAAGAAAGUUGGGUAUUGAUCUUAACCAAAAAGAAAUAGAGCUGGGUGUGACUCAAGACAAGAGUGUUUCCAAAAACAAAAACAUCCCAAUCCAUUCAUUUAUGUGAAAUGGGUUCCUACAUUGUCAGGAGCGUCGAGUUUAGAGCAGUUAUUUUUGGUAAUUCUGUCAUUGGGCUGGUUCCUUUAUGUUUGUGGAAAGAGUCAAAAUGAUGGACCCGUUUAUCCUGAUUACAAAUCCCAUUUUAGUCUUCCAGUAAGUCUGUGUGUGUAGAGGGCCCCUUAUUUAAUGAAACACAGAUGUGUUUUCCUUGGGAAAUAAUUGAAAGAGAAGUAGAAAUGCCUUGGUAGUGGGGAUGGGAUGGGGAGUGAGUUCAGAUGAAAAACCAAACUGUUAACCCAGCUCAUAUAAACCAACAUAUACUAGAAUUAGGGACUGUUGAGAAGGAUUUAAAUUACACGUUACAUAAUCAAUGAAAGUGAAAUUAAGCUUCUUCCAACAGUUUAAAAAAAGGAAACUGAAAUUACACUUCCAUGUUUCUAAAGAUAUUUAACCCUGAACUUCCCUUUAUAUAUUCUCAUUAGUUUACAUAGUUACCUGUUUUACUGUCAAGUCCUGUUAGAGAUGUGCUUGUGUGGUACAUUUGUCUAGGGCUGGUUGAGCUGUACAGAGCAAUAUUGUUGUGAUCAGAUACAGUAGCUAUUGCACAGGACUACAGGUGGCAGGACCCAGUCCUGUUGACUUCCCCUGUCAAACUGAAUGCCAACUCAAUGUGAGCAAAUUCUACGGAUUCAGAAAGCAGAAGUUUAGAGAAGCUUGUCAAGGAUUAACUAAUGUUUAAUUUUAUUCCACACAUGGAAUAAUCUUCAGUUCUCCCUCUUCCAUCACCCUGGCAGUCCAACAGUGUGGCAAUAAAAUAGGGAAAUCCAUUGUGGCAACAAUCUCAAUUUGAUUUAAAAAUAGGCUGGAAAUAUUGACCCUGUAUUACCUUGAGUGCUGACUCCAGCAUUGGGAUCCAAUUACAGUUAUGUAUUUAUAUAUGGAAAACAAGACAUUUGUUUUUCAGCCUUAAUAUAAAUAGUAGACAAGGAGUGCCUUAUGUUCAUUUUACAAGGCAUCAAAUUCCAAAGGUUUACUAAAAUUGGACGUCCAGUUUUAAGUCACUGAUCCAUGAUGUGUUCAGAAGAAAACAUGCUGUUAAAAUGUCAGUCUUCAGAAGUUGAGUAACCCGUUCAAAAUCAAGUUUUACUGUAGCACUUACUUCAGGCACCCACCACAGAUGUAGCCCCAUAUACCCAAGUUGCUGCUGAUCCCAGUCCCGGUCAUUGUGAUUUAUACUCAAUCGUAUUUGCCCUGUGGUGUUCCCACUUCUGUGAUUGCUAUGCAUCAAGUACACCAGCAAGCUGCUGGUAGCAAGAGAUGGGAAUAUUCUUAAAAUCAAUCAGUAAAUUCAGCUUUUUGUUUUGGGUCCACCCUUUCACAAAGAUUAAUAAGUGGUCUUAUUUAAGUUUGAAAAAUAUAUAUAUAUAAUAAUAAUAAAAAUAAUGAAAUGUAGUAAUAAUCAUUUGCAAGUUGUGCAAAAAGUGACUAUCAUUGCAACUAUCGCUGCAAAGGAUCUGAAGGGCCUCUUUGCAGUGGAGCCUUAAUCUGAGAUUGAAUUCAUAAAGUAAAAGUGAAACUGUAAAUAUUGUAUAUAAACUGGAUUAGAUUGCAUGGAUGCAAACUAUGUAUUGAAAACAUGGGUCCCCUUUUAUAUGGUUCAUGACAAGUCCUCAAGAGCCUGAAGGUUCCUGAAGAGCUGAAAUUAAAAGAAACUGCAAUACCUUUUGGCCUGUCUAGUUACCCAGUCAGUCAAGUAGCCCAGUGUCACACAUUAUUCUGCUCCUUGUACAGCGGUAACACAAAUGUAAUCUGCCGUUUGGGUCUGAUUGGUUUGGGAAUAAACUGUUUCAUUGGUAUAGGUCAUUUUAAAAAGACCUUAAGUCCCAGCUCAACCACAAUGUGGUAAUUAUUUAUUGUAACCCUCUUGCCCCAGUUCAUAGGCUCAAUGGACAAACACUAGUCAAGGUGCAUCCUUUUGUAGCUAUGAUGCAAAGAGGAGGGGAAAUGUAGCUAGCAUACGGCUCAUCCACAAUGUAAUUCCCAAAUUUGUUGGCACCGGUGGUACCCUUUUACAGCUGGGUUAACUGAGGGCUUGUGUGUGAGCUACACACAUUUUAAUGAUGCCUUCCAGAACUCCUGGAGACUCCGGUUCCAUAUUCAUUGGCUGCUCAGAGAAAUCAGUCAGGGAAUAAACAGAGCCGUUGGAGUCAGGCUUAAUCCACUUAUGUGGUGAGAUACCUUCCCCUACAAUUAUGAGACUGGCCCCUCCUCACAAAGCUGGGACCUGUUCUGUCUGUGAAACACUAAUGAGAAAAAUAAUGUCCAGACUGACACACAUUUCAACACAGGCUAUGUAUUAAAAUGAUUAAAGGUGUAUUCAAGUUUUUACAGAUAAUGUUGUUUCAAUAAUAAAGUGCUAAAUGAAGUAUUGAGAUAAAAAAUUAAACUUUAAUGUAACAUUGUAUAUUACAGGAGCACAAGCGGAGCUCUUAACAGUGCUGGCAUAUUUUAGUUUGUAUACAUAGUGUUUUUAACCUCUUUUAAUAGAGUGGGUUUUGUUUUCUUUUGCAUGUUCAACUUGAUUGUAUGUAUACAUAUUUUAGACAAGGGGACGUUAUUUGUAUUUUAAUUAAAUACGGAUGAAAACUU